AUGGUGGUCGGUCGUCGAAGUGUCUUGGCACGUGAUUACGAUGUCCCCAAGCGACCCAUAUUCUUAUUGGAUGACUGGGAUAUUGUACAAGGAACAGACGCCGCGGCGUACGUCUCGAGUAGUGUAACAGAUGGUAUUAUGUACGGCACCAACGGGUACGUGGGUGUUCGUCACCGCAGUGAGUCCGAGACCGUCCUUUUUGAAACGAGUGUAUUCAUGAACGGGGCAUACCACAGUGUGCCACUCGACACCUAUAUUGAUAGUGAGGCUUUGCCGGAAGAGAUGCAGGUUGGAGCAACGAUAUGUGGUGUCGACCUUGACUGCCUCAUUGAUGGCGAGUCCGGCACUUUAAGGGCUAUGCCGAUACGGCGUCUCGGUCUACGUGAUGCAGUGUAUCGGAGUAACUGCCACGAUGUGAUUAGCGGGGAUGGUGGACUCAUGUUUGACGGGUCGUACCGUCGCGUAGUUUCCCUGAAUGAGCUAGACUUAUGGGGAGCGGAUAUCGUGUACAGUGGUUUCUCUCUGAACUCCUCGCUUGGUGAUGUGCCGUUGGGUUAUACGUCCACCUCUGCCCACACCAGAGAUAGUUUGGAUGUGGGCUGUAAUGAAGAACACUCUCCAACCUACUUGGUCGAGUUUGUCGUAACACUUAGAGUGGAUUUGGAGGAAUGGUCACUUCUACGGGGAGAAUCUAGUGAUGACAUAUUGGUGCAGUCGCGUUCAUCAGGUGUGGUGGUAAACACAGUCUCACAGGUCACGUGCGUCGUGGACCAUGGUACAAACUCCUCAAAGAUCGUACCGGAGCUGGAAGUAUUGUGUGACACAGAGGACAGUGCCUUCUCUCCCCACGAUCGACCUUUUGCAGCGGCACCAUACAUGAGUGACAGUGAGAGCGACCCGGGUUUCGCUACGCGCCCCCCAUCGUUUUUUGUUCCCCCUCAGGGCCGAUAUAUUUCCUUUAGGAAGAGAUUUCCCUUCACCCUUAGUGCGGAAAAUGUACCGAAACAGGUGACACUGACGUUUUUGGCUCGUCAUCAUACUGACAGUGUGCCACCUCCACGCCCGUUUCCAUCCAUGUCGGACAUAGUAUCACAGCAACGCGACAUGCUCGACAAGUUUUGGAGCAGUUUUCAUAUUGAUUUGCAACUGCAAGAGGAAUUAACGCCAAAUCGUAUGCGUCUUGCCCUUUUAUAUAAUGGCUUUAGGUUGUUUUGUGUAUCCUGUAACCUGCAUAAUGGUAUGCCACGCAGGGGGUACUCAGCAACGAAGACGAACCUUCUAUGUGAUCUUCAACAGUAUUUAUACCACGGCAUCUUCUACACAUUCACGUCACCACCGCACGCUUUGGAACUCAUCAGAAGUUUAUACUUGCUACUUCCACAGGCACGCAAGAACGCACACCGUAUCUCUUUAAAUCAUGGUGCUGUUUUCCCACGUAGUACUAUUAAGGGAACUGAGUGUCGGCAUUACAGUACUGUCAACCAUGCGCGGCUGCACGUAAAUGCUGAAAUUGGAUACGUCAUCAAUAUGUAUUUCACAGCAGUAGAAGACAUUGACAACAGGGACCGUUUAUGGCUUUUGGAACUAAUGCUAGAGACAGCACGAGUGUGGCCACAGUUAGGUGAGUGGGUGGAAAAUGAGGCAGUGUUUCGUCUAGAUAAUAUUGCAGGCCCUGAUGAGUACAAUGGCAGUGCCUCUGGAAAUUUCUACAUUCACCUAUCCGCGAAGAUGCAUCUUCGUAAAGCUCUGAAGCUUUUUGAACGACAACGCGAAAUUAUAGGAGAAGAUGCGAUAUUGCGCUUGUUGAAACAGAUUGACAUGGACAAGGAUGAGCUUCAAAAUUUUGAGGCCACCUCGGAUGGUAUCGUUAUUCGCCGCAAUGACCACCUCGGUGUGUACCUCGUACACGACCAUUUCCACACAUUAAAGGACUGGAAGGGCGAACGUCCGAAACAUCCAUUGUCGAUGAACUAUCACCCACUUGCGAUAUUCUGUCACAAAGUCGUUGAUAUCCCUGAGGUACUUUUAGGUAUGUUGUUGUACCAAGAUGAAUUUGAAAAAGGAGACUUUGUUCGGAAUUUGGCCUACUACGAGCCUCUUUGCACAUAUGACUCCCCGGAGUCACUAGGGGUCGUCGCGGCUAUGGAGUUUAAUGUCAAUGGUUCGUUUGCUCACGGUAUGCCACUGUUGCGCUCAUUGCUGAGCCUUGAUUUGGACAACCUCAUCUACACUGCAGAGGAGGGACUUGAUUUUGGCGCCAUGUCGUCCUCAUGGUUUGCGGUUGCCUGCGGCAUUGGUGGCCUUCGGUUGUGGAAUCGCAACCUUCACCUAGACCCCUGCUUCCCGGCGGGAUUGAGUGCUGUAAGCUUUACGGUAUUUUGGCACGGGGCGACAAUGCGCACUACAAUUGAUACAGACAAGAUCACAUACGAACUCAUCUCGGGAGACAGCCUUCGUUUUGUGCACGGAAAUGGACAUCGGAUCCACCUCCACGUUGGUUUCCGUCAUUGCGCUACCAAAAGGCAAGUGAGUGUCCCUCGGCUGCUCUGCAGCAGACAAGGGGUGUUUGACGGUGCCGUCUUUCUCUGCGAAUCAAUCUUUGAUGACAUCAUGGAUAUCAAUUAUGUGGCGUGGAACAAUACAUUAGAGGCGCUCUUUGAGAACUACCGAACCCUCCACCUCCGAGAAAUACAUCCCUUAACAGCGGAGGAAUUCGUUGAGAAGGUCAUUUACCAGGCCGAGCAUCGUGAAAUUGCGUUUAGUGGCAUUCACAACGUCCUGCUUGACCGCGGCAUCGACAUUGAGUUAGGCUCCCCCGACGACGCUGAGAUCGUGGAGACACGCUACGGCUUAGCGAACGCAAAGGUGGCGGAAAUGGCGGAGAUAUUGUCGCGUGAGAUGCCGCGGGUAAGUGCGUCGAUGCGGACGCUGCUGAAAGACCUUGCUGACAAUGGUAUUGCCCUCGCAGUGGUGACGUACAGUCGAAGCCUCAAGGCGCUGAUGCAGUACAAUCCCGAUGUGAUGCCGCUGUUCCUCGCUAGCAUUGACGGCGAGGAGGCGUACGACAGGCACAUCAAGAGCCGCCCUCACGUUGAUCUAUUCCUGCGCGCCGCGGAGAAGAUUCAUGUGGACCCGUCGCGCUGUGUCGUCUUCUCCUCGCACCUGGACCGCGGCUACAAGGUGAAUGAACUCGCCAGGUUCUGCAUGUUCUUUGACGUGGAGGACCCGUUUGUGGUGGGGCGUGUGGCGCCGCAGCCGUACCCGGUGAUUGGCGCGGAAGAGGCAACGGAAGAAACAGCAGGGCGCGUUGGUGGCCCGCUUAUUCUGCGUCUUCCGAUGGGAGGUUUACCAACGACGAUUGAUGCAUUGGAGGAUAUGCUCUACGAGCAGUGCGCCCCCGGAGCCGAUCGACGCGCAGCAUGA